AUGGCGGCGCAGUCCAAGCUUUCGGCGCGGCUGGGGGCGGCGGCCGCGGCGGCGUCGGCGUCGCCCGGCGCGACGGCGCGCGCUAUCGUGGCCCAGCUCACGCAGACGUACCUGUCGCACCGCACCCGCAUCUCGCGCGCCGUCUACCUCACCCUUCUCGUCGCCCUCGUGCACCGCGUGCGCGCCGCCGUCGCCGAGCAAAAGGCCGCCUCGCAGCGCGAGCGCGAGGCCCGCGACGCCGACACGGGCACGUCGAGCCUGGCCGCCGACGACGACGAGGACGAGGGCGACGACGUGGAAGGUGGUGGUGAUGCCGCCGCCGCCGCCGCCGCAAAGGGCGGCAAGAGGGGGCGAGGAGGAACGGCGGCGGCGGCGGGCAAGAAGCGCAAAAAGGUGGAGCUGAACCGCGAGUUCUUCCGCUCGCUGCUCAAGCUGGUCCGCAUCGUGGUGCCCGGCUGGCGUAGCAAGGAGACGCGCCUGCUCAUUAGCCACAGCUUCUUCCUGGUAGUGCGCACGCUCAUCAGCCUCAAGGUCGCCGCCAUGGACGGCGCCAUCGUCAAGAGCCUCGUCAAGGGAAACGGCAAGGAGUUCCUGAAGCGAAUCGUGUGGUGGAUGUUGAUUGCUGUGCCGGCUACCUUUACCAACUCCAUGCUCUCUUAUCACCAAGCGGAGCUCUCCCUCAAGUACCGGACAAGGUUAACGCAGCACAUACACGACAAGUAUCUGUCCAAACUCACAUUUUACGGCAUCUCGGCCCUGGACGACAGGAUAAAGAACGCCGACCAGCUGAUUGCUGUGGAUGUUGCCAAGUUUUCCAACAGUUUGGCAGAGGUAUACAGCAACUUGGCCAAGCCGCUCCUAGACAUGACAAUCUACACUCACUCUCUAUCAAGAAGCGUGGGUGGCGAGGGCGUCGUCUUCAUGUCGCUUCUGGUGCAGCUCUCUGCCAGCGUCAUGAGGGCACUGACGCCGCCGUUCGGCAAAUACGUGGCCGACGAGGCCCGGCUCGAGGGCGAGUUCCGAUUCCAGCACUCGCGCCUGAUCGAUCACUGCGAGGAGGUGGCGCUCUAUGCGGGCCACGAGGCCGAGAAGAAUACGCUCGACAAGGGCUACUUCACCCUGAUCAAGCACGUCAACUACAUCCUCCGGCGCCGCUUCUACCACGGUUUCAUGGAGGACUUUGUCAUCAAGUACUUCUGGGGCGCCCUGGGCCUGAUGCUGUGCUCGGUGCCCGUCUUCGUCAAGCUGCCUGGCCACGUCUCCAUGAACAUGGGCGACCGCACCGAGAGCUUCGUGACCAACCGCCGCAUGCUGCUGUCUGCCUCGGACGCCUUUGGCCGCAUCAUGUUCUCGUACCGCGAGGUCAUGGAGCUUGCGGGCUACACGUCGCGCGUCGCCUCACUGCUCGGCGUCAUGGACGACAUCCAGGCCGGCCACUUCAAGAAGAAGCUGGUCUCGGCCUCGGGCACCGAGGACAACGCCGCCGUGCUCAAGGGCCGCGGCAAGAUUGUGGAGAGCGAGGAUAUCGAGUUUAUCGACGUCCCCAUCAUCUCCCCCAACGGCGACGUCCUCGUCAAGGCCCUGUCCUUCUCCCUCAAGCAGGGCGACCACCUCCUGGUCGUGGGCCCCAACGGCUGCGGCAAGUCGUCGCUGUUCCGCAUCCUGGGCGGCCUCUGGCCCGUCUACGGUGGCACUGUCCACAAGCCGGCUUUCACGUCCAUCUUCUACAUCCCGCAGCGCCCCUACCUGUCGCGCGGCUCGCUGCGGCAGCAAAUCACGUACCCGGACGGCCUCCGCGCGGUGCGGGCCAAGGGCGUCUCGGACGCGGACCUCCUGGCCAUCCUCCGGAUCCUCAACCUCGAGCACCUCGUCGACCUGUACCCCGAGGGCUGGGACGCCGAGGCCGAGUGGCGCGACGUGCUCAGCGGCGGCCUGCAGCAGCGCGUCGCCAUGGCCCGGCUCUUCUACCACCGGCCGCGCUACGCCAUCCUGGACGAGUGCACCUCGAGCGUCACGCUCGAGACGGAGAAGGUCAUGUACGACAACGCAAAGGCCCUCGGCGUCACCCUCAUGACGGUCAGCCACCGCCGCAGCCUGUGGAAGUACCACAGCCGCAUCCUGCAGUUCGACGGCCAGGGCAACUACGUCUUCACCGGCCUCGACGCCGACGCCCGCCUCCGCCUCGAGGACGAGAAGGAGGACCUCGAGGUCAAGCUGCGCCAGGUGCCCGAGAUUGAGAGGCGCAUUGCCGAGCUGACGGCCGAGUAA